AUGAUCAAACUCACCGUGGGCGUCCUUGCCCUCCAAGGAGCGUUUAUCGAACACAUCAAACUGCUGCAGCAAGCCGCGGCACUUCUACAAGCCGACCCGGAACGAAAGGAUCAGAGCUUUCAAAUCAAAUGCAUUGAAGUCAGGACCACAGCCCAGCUGGAAACGUGCGAUGCUUUGGUUCUACCAGGAGGCGAGAGCACUGCUAUCUCUCUCAUUGCUGAGCGAACUGGAAUUCUGGAACCACUGCGAGAAUUUGUCAAGGUGCUCAGAAAGCCUGUCUGGGGAACUUGUGCCGGCUUGAUUCUUCUUGCGGAGAGCGCAAACAAGUCGAAGUUGACUGGACAGGAACUCAUCGGCGGGUUGGAUGUAAGAGUGCAGAGGAACUACUUUGGUCGACAGGUGGAGAGUUUCGAAGCAGAGUUGGACUUGCCGUUUCUAGGAAGUGGGAAGCCUUUCCAUUCAGUUUUCAUCAGAGCCCCAGUGGUCGAAAAGGUGCUGCCGUUAUCCACGAGACUGGUGGAGGCCGAAGGCACAGUAUCGGCUCCACCACGGAGAGAGACCACGGCGCCGGUAGAGAUUCUGGGCCGUCUACCUGGUCGAGCCAAAGCUAUUCGUGAUAAGGCCACGACGGCAGAAGAGCUCGGCGAGGAUGGCGACAUCAUUGCUGUCAAGCAGGGCAAUGUCUUUGGAACUGCCUUCCAUCCAGAGCUGACUGGUGACCCGCGUAUCCACGCUUGGUGGUUGCUGGAGGUCGCGAGACUGAAGACGGAGACGRUGUAA